AUUCCAAAUCAUUUAGCUUAUCUUGAAUUUUCUAAUGGUUUCUCUCAACGUAUUACAAGAGGUAUUAUCCCUGACUCUAUAACUUCUAUUUAUAUGGGAGAUGUGGUCUAUCCUUUAGAACCUGACUCCAUUUCAAACCCCAAGCAAAGUAUUAAUUUUUAUCCCGAAUACAUACAUCCAAGAUUAUAA